AUGCACAUGCACAGAAUGAGAAACUCAUUAUUUAAUUCCACGAAAAAGUUGGAAAACCAUACAAGUGAAGUAGAAAUCCUGGAUGAUCCUACGAUGGAUUCGAGGCAUAGCUAUAGAGGUGAAGAUCUCCUAUUGAAUGCAACUGAAAAAGGAACAAAAACCAUGUUUUCAAAAGGUGUUCAUAAAUCACCUGAAGAGGUCAGGCUGGUUGAUGAUACUAAAGAAAAUCAACGUGAAGAAGCUUUUUUGAUCUCUAUCAUCGAUUCACGUACUAGCCCACGGAAUGGUUCAGUUUCGAACAGUAGUGAAUAUCUACUGAAUGAUGAAUAUCAACACGAGGUACAUAACAACAGCUUUGGAGUAUCAUCUCUCCAUAAGAACCUGAACGAAAAAGAAAAAAACAAUGUUUAUAGAAAAGUGGAUGAAAUAUUAAAUCGUGAUAUCACUAUUGAUGAAGAUUGGGUUGUAAGUGAUAUAGAUGAAUCUAGGGAAAGUGAUGAAGCACAUUUAGAUGAAAGACCAAAGAGAGAUGUUCUUGUGGAGACUGUUACAAAGGAGAAUGGGAAAAAAUCAUGGAAACAAUAUCAAUUGGAUCAAAAUUUAUUCAAUUUAGACCAACACAAUUUGCACUAUUUUUUGAAGAAAGAUAAAUAUUUUCAAACCAAGAUAAAUGCACGUAUGAGGAAUGUAGUGUAUAGGUACUUGUAUCUUCACACAAAGCGAAAAGGUUUGUCAAGACUAAGUAGAAUUCGAAGAGGAUCAAAUAAAGAAGGGAUCAAUUCGUCAGAAGUUGACAAUUUACCAAUCGUUUUUUCAGAAACAAAUAUGAACCAAUCAUCUGCUUGUGAUGGUAUAGAUCAAGGGGAGAACACGAUUCUCCACAAUGAACUGAGUGCAGAGACAUGUAUCAAUUCAUUAUGGAAAGACAUAAAUUUUUUAUACAUGGAAUACAUGAUAAGGAAGAAGAAGGUGUUGAAGGUACGAGAUUUAAGUAAAUAUAUAUAUGACAAGAAAAACGUCCAUUAUAUGAAAAUGCUUAACUGCAAGAAUGUGUAUUUGUUGUGUGAAGGAGAGGAAACAUUCGCUAGCAACACACCAAAUGGUUCUGCUGAGGUAGAUACAGACUCAUGUGCAUCUAUCCGAAGAAUAUACACUUAUCAUUACACAUGCAAUAACCAUUUCGUGUGCUUACAAAAUGGACAUGAUGAAAUACACGUUUUUAGUCAUAAAAUGCUAAAUUUUAAUGAACUUAUAUUUUUUAAAGAUAAACAAAAGAAUACAACAAAUGAAGAAGAAGUAAAGAAGUUUCUCGAUGAUUUUUCGACACAGAAUUAUGAAAAAAAUUGCAAAAAAUUUCUGUUCAAUUUUUACUCAUAUCCUUAUUACAUCAUUAGAGACGACAAUUUGAAAAAUAUAAAAAAUGUGGAUAUAAGCAGUUCAAACCACUUGUGCGUCUGUACCGAUGCGGGUAUAUUUGUCUAUCAAAUAUUUUUCGUGAAUUGCAAAAUUAGGUGCAAUUAUGUUGGUAAAUAUGGCACAAGUUAUGCCACAUCUAAUCAUGCCAUGUCUAACCACGCCACUGCUAAUCAUGCUAAUCAUGCCAAUCAUGCCAAUCAUGCCAAUCAUGCCAAUCAUGCCAAUCAUGCGAGUCCUAAUAAAGCUUGGAAUGGGUGCAUGAUAAACGAGAAACAGAUGUUAUACUUCAGCCAUUACAAUAUUCUGUUCCUAAAUAGAAAUGCGAAGCUUUUCAAGAAUGACAUGUUCAGCAUUGUGAAAAACAUACGAUUCAAGUAUCGAAUUUUGAAUGUGUCUUUAUGUCAAGAAUGGCUAAUCGUUUCUUACUACAACAAGGUUUCGGUUCUAGAAAAAGGGAGUGGAAAGGUAUACUUCGUUCUUCAGUUAGAUUCUCAGGGAUGUGUUAUAGGGCAUGAAGCUAACACAAGUGUCCAAACCAAAGGCCCAGAAGUUGGAGUGGCAUCAUCUGUCAUUGAGAAUGAACCUGUUUACAAUAUUCCAUUCAUGUGUUCACUUGAAGGAGAAAAAGGAGAAAUCUUAUUUUGCUUAGGGUACGGGAAAAAAUUAGUCAUAAUCGAAUAUGCAUCUAAAAUUAUUGUAAAAAAAGUGUUUUUUCUGAAUCAUUCCAUACAACAUCUAACAAGUUGCAGAAAUAAUAUCGUGAUUAUAUAUGACAAUAAUGAGUUACUUAUUUAUCAGUUGAUUUAUGUAAAAAAAGAAAUAGUUCUGCUUUUUUUUUUCAAUAAACAUGUGAAGAAUGUUAAAUGUACGAUUAUAUGUGACGAAAGUAGGAUUUUUCAGUCGUAUAGCAAAUCCAUAGAAGUGAAUGUGAAACAUAUUAAGAUAAAUAGAGAUGAUAAAGUUGCAAAAUCUAUUUUUUAUGUAUUAAAUAAGACUGAUAUAAGGGAAGAACAUGAGAUGGAUAAUGGGUGUGGGGAAGAUACUCAUGAUAUAAAUAAUAUUCCCCAUGGAACCACUACUUCUGAUUGUGAUUCUAGUAUGAAUAAUAGCUCCCACCUCUACGUGAACGUUAUAUACAUCUACAUUUUGAAGAAUGGACGAGUUGACAUUGUAGUGGUGAAUUCUCUCUCCUAUUUGAUUUACUUGCUCUUUCGUCAUCAUAGGUACAGACAACUCUUGAUUCUGAUGCUGCACUUGUACAAUGGCAACUGUUGCGUUCUAACCGAUUUUCCACUGGCUGAAGACGAGAGAAGGAAGAAGCUGAAACCUCUUUUCUACUUCUUAUUCGAGACAAGAAUAAGAGAUAUAAUAGAAAACAGCAACAAAAGUGAAAGUAUGCACAUGAAGAACAUUCAUCAUAAGGAAGUUAAACAUAAACUACACAAUAAUAAAGAUGAUUGUAUGGAUUUUGAAAAUAUGGAAAGAGGGUUCAACAAUUCUCAUAUGCUUACAUCUGACAAAUCUUGGAAUCAUGCACCAACAUCUGAUAAUUUGGAUCCCGAAUUUCCUGCAUGUGCUCCUUUCAUUAAUUGUGAUGAUUUAUCAGGGAAGGACAUCUCCCCAUCGUCACCCUCCUACAUAUGCACAACUGGAUCGUCAUUCCAUUCAUCCGUAUCAUCAUGUGUAAGCAUUCGUUCUGAUUCAAAGUCAUUUCUGGAAGAGGAAGAAGAAAGCUGCGUGAAAAAUAUAUCCGAAUGUGAGGCAGACAUUUUACAUGACAGUGAAGCAAUUGGUGAAGAACUGAACAAUGAAGGCCAACAUAUGAGUAACAUUUCUUCUGAUAUUCGAAAAAAAACGGUUAGAGAGAAAGUCAUCGACAAGGAGGAUCAGAAGGAAGUAGUAGAAAAGCAAAUUUACAUUAACGGUAAGGCAGUUGCAAUGGAAUGUAUUGAAGAAUUGCUGAAGUUAUGCAUUUUGGGUCUUGAAUUAAGCAUUAAAUUUAACAUGAACCUAUAUGAAUACAUAUUUAAAGUGUUUUCAAGAUAUAGCAUAGAAAAUGUGUACUUUUAUUUAAGUGAGUACUAUAUAAUCAAUAAGAGAAUAUGCAUUACGCACCAUGCCUUAAUAAGUAACUUAGUGAACUAUUUCAAGAGAUUCUACCGAUUGUUUUCUCUUUACAAUGAUUCUAAUUAUGAUGAUUCUUAUUAUGAUGUGUUUCUCUUUUUCUGCAGCUUUGUUGGUGCCAGGAGGGAACAAAUGGGCCAAGCUGUUCAGAGUGGAGAUCCCCAUCAAGGGAAUCAGCUGAGUGAAGGUUUCCUUAAUGAGAAUCUCCUUAGUGGGUAUCUCCUUAGUAAAUUCAUAUUUUCACGUGGAGUGAAAGAGAGGAGAGGCAGUUCAAAGGAGGAAAUCCAUUUCAGAACACAUGAUAGAUGCAAAAAAAGCACAGGGUACUCUUCUCCCUGUGGAGAUUUUGAUACACAUUUGUAUUAUCACCACUUGGAUGGGAAAAAUAUAGUAACUAAGAUUCGCAGAAUAUAUGCAUUCAUAUGCAUAAUAAACAAGUUCUUUCACAUGUUUGAAAAUAUGAAUUUAGAAAUGGAUAUAGAAAAAGUAAUUUCUCAUUUUCCAAUACAUCUAAGUUCGUUUAUUUAUAACAAACAUAAUGAAGAUAGAAUUACAACAGCGGAGUUUUUUAUAUCUUACCUGAUUAGAAAAAAGAAUAUAUUUUUUUACAAUUUCUGUAAAUGUAACAAUUUAAAGAAUGAUGAUUUUCCUAUAUAUUUACCAAUGUAUAUAUACAAGAACUUUUACCAAUCGUACUUUGCGUUUGAUUACAUUUUUUCCGUUUUGUUUAAAUUUCCAUUUUCGAUGCGUAUGAACAGAUAUGAACAAUCGUCAGACAGAAUAAUAACUCUGCGUGAUAUCUACCACAAUUCAUACGAACAUUUCAAUUUUGAGGAUGUUUCAAAUUAUGAAAAUGUUUUCUUUAUAUUCCCCCUGUUUCACCUGGAGCGACAGAAUCAUUGUACGCUGAACAAGACCAUACUUUCGCUCUUAAAAUAUUUGCUCAAUCGGCACGACAAGCACGACCAGCACGACCAGCACGACAAGCACGACAAGCACGACCAGCACAGUGCAAAUUUCAUGAACUCGCCUCAGAGAUGUAAUAGAUGCACUUCUGCCGAUCGAGGCGCAGGGACAUUCAUGAAGUUUCUUCAAAAGGGCGAAAGGGGUCGAUAUGGGGACAGAUUCUACCUGUCCGAAGUGGAAAUAGAUGCAUCUGCCAGCAUGGAAGGAGUGCAGGAGGAAGGAACUUUCAGUAAGGAAAAAGGAUUGCACCGAAUCAACAUAAACAAUUUCUUCAAUUUGGAUAAGAACGGAAUUUUUCUCCUCUUGCAGUUAUCACUAAAAGACACGUUUUACUUAUUAAAUCGGACAUUCUUUCAUUAUGACUUUAGGGAGAAUUACGAGAUCGUGGACUUGUUGGUGCAUAACUUGUGUGAUUUUUACCUGCACAUGGUCAUAACUUUUAUUUUUUAUAAAAAAUAUUUGAAAAAUAUUUUGAACCAAAAUUUAGCGCAAGAUAUGUCUUGUGAUAUAUAUAGAGAUAUAAUAUGUGCACUUACUCAUUGCAUUUCUUAUGGCGAAAUUAAUAGCCUUUCUGUCAAGAUUACCCAUUUGAUUUACACAGAAAUGAAAACAGCUGAUAGAAAACACCUUAACAGCAUAGUCAGGUGGAUCAUAUUACAACUAUUUUUUAUUAACAAGCAUAUGAAAAAAAUGAUUAGCUGUGUUACCUACAUGUUAAUUCUUUUUUUCAUUUUCUCAAAUGAUUAUUCUUCCUCGUUUGAAUAUUGCACAAAUGUCUAUUUCGUCAACUUUCUUCUAAGACUCAAUACUGGAUGGUGGAGACACAAUGGGUCUAUAACUGUUGAGAGGAGACGUCAUUUUGAGAGAGUUAUGAAAAGGUGCACUGAAUUUGCGAAAAAAAAUUACCUGAACAAGGUCAGGCAAUAUACACAAGAGGAUCAAUUUUUUCAAAUUUUUCAUUUAAAAAAAAUAAAUUUACGUAUAAAAAAUAGUAUUAUUAGACAAAAUGUUAAAGGUACAUCUAUGCCACAUUGUGAUUUGAUAAACUAUCUUUUAAAAACAGUUUACUCAAUUGAUGUGAUAGGAUUGAUUCACCAACACAAAGACUUUGGGCGAGAAGAGGGAAACUCCAUUUAUAAAAAUAGCUAUAGGAAGGAAGAAAUACCAUCUGAUCAGGUAAGCGAAGAUGAAUGGACAUGUGGAAAACAGAAGUAUGAUGUGCAUAGUGAUGAUAACAUGAUUCAUCAAAAAGCACGAGGAUACGAGUGUUCAUUCAAACGGGUUCAGAAUAACAGUAGUGCAUAUUUCAUAGGGGUAAAUACUAAAAUGAAAAAAAAAAAAAAAAAAACCUUAGACAUGUCGAAGAGAAAAAAGAGUAAAAAAAAUGCUCAUCCAACUAGUAACAUGUUUUGUGUGGAAUUUUGUCAACAACAUUAUAGAUACAUCCUCUUGUUAUAUGUUAAGAGACUGCUAAUUAUACACAAGUUCCAGACACAUGAUGAAGCAGAUGUAUCGAAUCGAAAGAGACGCAAAAAAGAUAUCGGGGAAUUGCUAAAAUAUAUUCUUUUUUUCAGCUAUGUUAAGAAGUGCGAACCUAUUUAUUUGGUCAUAUUAAAUCACUUUGAGUGUUGUCAUAUCAUACUGGAGUACUACAGAACCAAGGAAAAAUGGCGAGAAUUGCAUGAAUAUGUAUUUUACAAAAUUUUUUUUUUUUUUAAAGAACGACAUGUGAAGAAGCGCAUGUAUGGGUAUCUUUUUUAUUUAGAUGUGCUUCAGCAUCUCGACGUGUUCAAGGACCCCUUAGUUAAUUACAUUUUGGCUACUUAUAUAACUUUUCACGAGAGGACCGUACAGAUGGUUCGAAGUAGACUAAGUCGGUUGAAGAAGCACCAUGGAUGCUCUCUAUCCUUCGGUAAGGAGCAUACUCAUAAGGACAUCAUCACAUUGGAAAAAUUUCCACCCGCAGAGGGAGGAAUAGACAAAUGUGUACAUCUAGCUAGCCAAAAAACGAUUCAUUGGAAUGAACCCGAGUUUCCCAUCGGAGAGAAGUACACACAAGAAGAUAUACAAUACAAAGUAAAAAAAAGGAAAAAAGAAUUGCUGAAUUUAUUUUACUUCUUUAUCAAGAGUUUAAUAGAUUGUAAAAACUUUUCCGAUUCAAUGAAAGAGAGGAUGUAUUAUCUACUUUUAUACGAAGUAAAAAUGCCACGAGAGAUAAAAAAAUAUCUGUACAGAAAAACGUUUUAUAAAUAUCUUAACCUACUUUGUGAAUAUGAAAAGGAAAAGGUUUACAAAUGUGUUAAGAACAUAAACGCAGAAAGGUAUAUACAACUCUUUGAAAAAUAUGACAAUGUUAAUGUUAUUUUAUUUAUUAACGAAAGGCAUGGGAAUUUUUUAAAAAUUAUUCAUCUUUGUCUUAUGCGUAUUAAAGAAAAUAUUUUAAAAUUAUAUGAUUCUUUUUGCCAAAAUGAUAAUUGGUUCUUUUCAAAAGAAAUGACAUAUGCUGAUGUGUAUUCUGUUACCUUUUCGAAUAAAAUAGACGUGUAUAAAUUUUAUUCUAUGCCAUUUAAAAGCACGCUUAAGAAGUUAUUUAUUUUCAAAAGUGAUAACCCACGACGUGACAUAAUAUCGACCCCGUGUGUUACCAAGAAACACAUAUUUUUCGAAAAAUUUUUUCGAGAAUUGAAUUACACUGUGGAUUGCACCUCUUGGAAGAAUUACUUUGUCAUGACAUCCUACUUUGGCAAGAAGGGUAGAAGAAGAGGAGGGAGAGUGGUGAAAUCUAGAGCCGAUAUAACCUGUUCAAAUAUGACUGACGAGAAAAGGGAGAAAAAAGAAGGGGGUCUUCCUCCUCCUCCGCAUUGUAGGACUAAAUGGAACAAGAAGGUGCAAAGAAAAGAUAGCGAAAAAAAUAACCUGAACGGCAAGGUAAAACAGAAGCAACUGGAGAAGGCAUGUUGGAUUUACCUAACGGAAGAAUACAAUGCGAUUUUUCUGUACACGUACAUGCUAACAUUUAUCCUGAGGAGAAACAAAUUAAAAAAAGACAAAAUUAAUGAGUACAUUAUUUUUUUUAUCAUUAAUGAAUGUUUGAAAAUUUUUAUAAUGAUUUCUGAACAGGUCAGGCAAAAUGAAGAAUAUGACAAGAAAAAAAAAGUUUCCUUUUUUACGUACAUUUUUGAGCAAAUUUUAAUGUUUGUAAUUAACAUAAAUUCACAUGAACAUACACAAAAAAUAUGUAAAAAAUUGCUUUUCAAGUAUAGGAAUUUUCAUAUGAAACUAAUUAAACUCCCACUAAUCGAAGUUUUGAAAAGUACGAAUGACGCUUACUCAUUUUUUAAUGACAAUUGCAUACUUGCACAGAACAGGAUACAAAAACAGAUGGACACGUACACCUUUGAAAAGAAAAAAGGGCUUGUUCUUGACUUCGAGGUUUCACAUUUGCAUCCUUUCAACAUGGAAUUAUCCACUCGCUUGGAUGGCAAGGAGGUCGUUCCAAAGUUAUCAAAUGAAAGGCAGUGUAAUCGAAAAAAAUACAUCGGUUCAUGUAAUACUGUGUAUUUGGAUAAAUGUGAACACGAACAUCAUUUUUCCUGUUCCCAUAAAUGUCACUUGUGUGGCACUCUUUUGAAAUGA